UAAUUUGGAGGGCAAACGUUUCAGAUUCUCUAUAAAAAAGUUACUUCUUCAUCGUCAAGAUCACCACUAUGAAGAUCCUGCAAUCGGCAACUGUGAUUUUUGUCUUACUGCAAAUCCUCGUAACUAUUUCGGCAUUAAAAAACGUAUGCAAGUACAAAAGAAGGCAAAUGACACCGGGACAGAGUGUCUCGGACUGCUACACAAUUACAACUUGCAACAAGGGGGGCGUUUUAUCGCGAAAAGAGUCAUGCCCGAGGUACAUCUGCGCUCACUAUUUACGCGGUUACAAACAGUUCGAUCACCGUAAGCCCUAUCCCGAAUGUUGCGGUGGUCCCAUUUGCGACGAUGUCUUCAAAUCUUACUAUUACAUACCCUGAUGGACGAGCGAUUGAGUCAAUGAUGUUACCCGAAAGUCUGAUUAACUUAUAGUAUGCAUACACGUAAAUAUAAAAUCCAAUCAUGGGCUUUAGUGGAUUGCAUAUAUUGUAUACACGUAUCUAUGGA